AACAUUUCCUGUUCCUGGUAUUCCGAGCACUGUUGCCACGACAACUGUUCUUCCCUUUUUGGUUCCCUGUGUGUUUACACAGUGACUGGCUCGUAUCUCAACUAUUUUGAUGUGUGGGGGUAAAAGGCUUUUGAUAAAAAAGAAUGGACAGAAGGUGAUAUUUUAUGCCUCCAUUUGAAAGCGGAACGAGGUGCUGGUCGCCGGGUUCGAAGACUUCCCCCACAGAGCCGGCAGGAAGCCACCACUUCUGCUGCCAUCCCUUCAGCUGACAGGGGAGUCAGAGACGGCAGGAAGCCACCGCUGCCAUCCCUUCAGCUGACAGGGGAGUCAGCAACACAUUCUCACUCCGAGCGCGUCGAUAUUUGACGAACGGUCAGUGACUUUGGCUUCAGCCUCUGACGCAAAAGGGUAUCCUUGUGCUUCUUUUUUCGACGCAUGGGGUUUUCAACUCGUUACAAUGUAGGCCUCCCUCCACGGCAAUAUAGGGAGAGGACCAAGGACAAGAGCCGAGAGCGGGCGAGGGAGAGGGACGGGGAGACGAAGAAGAAGCACAGCCACAGCAAGAACCACGAGGAGCGCAAGGAGAGGAAGAAGCAGGAGCGGGAGAAGAGGGCCGAUAUGGCCUUCUCCUCCUCCUCCUCCCCCGCCCUGUCCUCCCACGCCGGCUCCGGCCACCGCAAGCGCCACAAGGAGGGCAAGAGCCACAAGGAGAAGGGCCGGCGGAUCCUCGGAGACCUGGACCUCCAGAGCAAGGAGCAGCGCGAGAAGAACCGCUCGCACGACAAGAAGAAGCAACGCAAGGACACGACGGCCGGCUCCGCCAGCGAGGGGGAGCCCGGCGAGUGGAAGUCCAGGGGCGAGGCGCCCUCCUCCUCUUCCUCCUCGUCGCCGAGCCGCCUGGACCCCGAGGCGGAGACGUCCAGGGGUCCAUGUAUUGCCGUAGGCCUCCCUCCACGGCAAUAUAUGAAGCUAUGACUAUGAGCAUUCAUCCCAUUGGCUAACGGGGGACCCGAUGGCUGCACAUAGAGACGCUACGAGCAUUAAUCUAAUUUGCUAACGGAGGACCUUGUGCUUCUUUUUUCGACUACAGAGUGGCGGAGGGAUGACGUAUGUUGGCCAACCCGGAAGUGAGCGUCGCCCUGGGUUCCCUUGACAUCAAGCCAACGGCUUUUUCCAUUGGAUUUUGGAUGAUUGCAUUUUGCAUUUUUGAAGCACCUCCUCAAAAACUGACAAUAAAUAAAAAGAACA